UGGUGCCUCCAUAGAUGAUCCAUGGGGUUUCUCGCGACGUAAUCGUCGGGAUGAAAUUCCCCUAGAGACGCCGCAGUGUUUUCAAUCGCGGCAAUUACCACGGAAUGUGGUAGCCCGGCUGCUUGGAGCCGGACGGAGGGGGUGGGAAUAAUAAAACGUUAGAGGCGUGUCGGCGUCCGUUUUUUUAUACGCGUGCGACGCUGUGCGACUCCGAGAGUCCCGGGUUUUGCCGAAUUGCUCCAGGUACCGGUCUCCUACCCAUUGGCGGACCCCCAGUUCCCCCCCCACCCGCCUGGUGCUCAUCGCCUCGACCGGACCGCGGAAUGUCAAGGGUGCACGUGACCGCGACGCCGCCGCCGCGACGCCGCGAGAAUGCCGUGGACGCACGGCGAUAGCGUUCAUUCCGUUCAUAGCGUAUCCUGACGAAGCGGUGUGGACGUAAACGUAAACGUCGGGAACCGAAACGUCGCGAUACAUGUGCCCGUCGUUUGUCCGCGCGCGAGGGUGGGUAUGCUCUUAUGGGGUAGCGAGCGGGCGGUAGCCUUUGUCGUGGAAUGGAGACGGAGAGCGUAAAGUCCGGGGCUAGCGAGCAUAGCCAUAGCCACCACAGCAGGAGCUCCCAGAAGCAUCAUCGGUCCCACAGCUCGAAGCAGCAUCACAGGCAGCAUUCUCACCGCACCGCUAGGAGCAAUCGUAGUCAAAAGAAGGAGAGACCGAAUUUGGACACUAGCGAAAUGGCACCGUUUCAAACGACGGUGAACGUGCGGGGAGACAGCGUGGACAAUUUGGGCCAGGAGGUGAUCGAGGUGCAGAUACUGCCGCAGGAUGAGAACUGGGGAGAGAACACCACGGCCGUCACCGGCAAUACCUCAGACAGGUCGGAAUCGACCGAGGACGUGAGCCACUGGCCGAAUGAGACCGACGGCACGUUCGGUUCUGGCUGCAAUCGCUACGUCGGUCCGAUCGUAGCGACGAUACUCGGGAUAAGCGCCUUCCUUAGUCCUAUAGCCAUGGUUAUCUUGCCUAAAGUGGGAUUCUUCCCCGACUCGUCGACGGUACUGACGAUGCAGCAGAAAUUGCAUCUACUGUCGUGCAACGCCGAGUGCAAGGGCGAGCUGCUAGGAUUGGCCUUCAAACUGGUGCUACUGGUUAUCGGUAGCUGGGCAGUAUUCCUGCGUCCGCGAACCGCUACCAUGCCGCGCAUAUUUUUAUUCAAGGCGGGAGUGCUGCUACUCACCACACUGUGCAUUUGUACUUAUUGGCUUUUUUACGUUGUACAGGUCACCGAGAGUGCUAAGACUGUUGCCAAUGGCGAAAUAACAGAGUACAAAAGUUUAGUAAAUUACGCAGGUACCCUUGCCAAUACGCUCCUGUUCAUACACUACACCGCAGUGCUCCUUAUCGAAGUUCGUCAUCUACAGCCUACGUUUUAUAUUAAGGUCGUUAGAUCACCAGACGGUGAAUCGAGAUCUUACGCGAUCGGCCAGUUAUCGAUACAGAGAGCAGCCGUGUGGGUUCUAGAAAAAUACUACACAGAGUUUCCGAUUUACAAUCCGUACUUGGAAAGAUUGCCGGUCUCGAAGUCAGGCAGGAAGCAGUCGAGUUUCAAGUUCUACGAGGUCGACGGCGGAGUGACCGGCGGUAUGCAGUCGCGCGGUGGUAGCGGGGACCGAGCGGUCCUGGCAGCGCAGGCGCGUCGUCGCGACUCGAGUCACAACGAGCGCUUCUACGAGGAGCACGAUUACGAGCGACGAGUGCGAAAACGCCGCGCGAGACUUGUCACCGCCGCCGAGGAGGCAUUCGCGCAUAUCAAACGUUUGCAUUCCGAGGUAGAUUCCACGCCGAACCCCGGGCCGAUGGAUCCUAUGGAAGCCGCACAGGCGGUGUUUCCCUCUAUGGCGAGAGCUUUACAGAAGUACUUGAGAAUUACUCGGCAACAGCCGCGUCAUUCGGUAGAAUCUAUUUUGAACCGUCUCGCCCGGUGUUUGGCUCAAGACGCGGCGCCGCGCGCCUUCUUGGAACCGUUCUUCGCUGCGAGCCCGGUGCUGUCGAACGAGAAAGAGAGACAAAAGCGAUCGCAUCAUUGGGCCUUGGUGUGCGAAGGGGAGCUACCCUCACGCCCGAUUGCUAACGGUUGUGAGUUUCAGUUGAGACAGGGCGAAGUGGCGCUUUUGUGUACGGCGCAUAGAUUACCGCACUUUAAUCUCACCGAACAAUUGGCACAUCCCAAAUCGAACAAAUUCCUUCUGCGAUUAAACUCGGAAACCUCUGUUUAAGAUACUUGAUAAAGUUCGGUGAUAAGAUUCAGAUAUUUAUCUUCAGGGCAGCGAUCAUGUCUAACUUGUCCCCUAGGGCGAAAACGUGAAAAGUUUUACGUGAUCGAUCCCCUGAUGUUUAUGAAGUUAAAUGAAACUAUUCCAAAUAUCCCAAAAUGAGUAUGCUUGAAAAGAUUUUUAGCACAAAUGAUGUUUUAGUCGAGAUGAUGUUUAAUAUAAAAUACUUCCUGUGACGAGAGAGAGAGAAUACUGUUAGAAGCUUUAUUUUGCGCUGAAAACAUGAUGUGAUAGAUAUUAUCUUGCUUCGCGCGGAAAGCAUUUUUUAAAUAUUAUUUCAAUUAAAUCUUAUUUGUGCCAAAAAUUCUUCCAAAUCUUCAUAAGACCGAAGGCUAAGUCUCUCUUUUUAGAAUAUUAUCUAAAACUUAUAUUCUAAAACAUGGCCUGUUAUGCAACAGUAUAAUAGUAUUUAGACGUUCUAACGUAAUAGACUGAGAAGCACUGAGAGAAGCACAGCAGUUAGGAAAAUAAUUUGCCAUUGCUUUCUUGACAACAUUUAUGACAUUAUUUUCUCUCUUUGAGAAAGAACCACAAUGACAUUAAUAAGUGAUCUAUACUUCUGAACAUACCUUUGAGUAAUUAUUACGAAGUAAUAAUUAGUUUGUAUUAUAAAAUACUCAGUUCAUUUUUUAUCUUUAAGACAUGCGCACGCGGCACACGCGUACGUAUAUUUAUUUAUUCUAUCAUAUUGCAUAUCAUGAAUUGUAUAUAUGUACACCUUAAAUAUAUCUAACAGGAUUUUUAAUGUGUAUAUAUACACGUACUUAUUUUGAGGCAAAAUGUAGGCUAAUUUAAAAACAGUGAUUCGCCUAAAUGGUCAAUCAUACGAUAAGUGUCGGAUCCAUUCGGAUUCAUAAUAUAAUUAUUUAUCGUUUUUUUUUAAUACGUAUUUUAUUUUUACGUAUUCCUGAGUAAGUGUACGUGUUAAAUUUCUUUUUUCUUAUUACAUAUACACAUUUUUAUUCUCAAAAAUGAUAUUGGUACAUUAUCAAUCCAGGGAAAGCAAAGUAAUAAACCAAAUAAACGAUGUUCAUUCUGUUUUAGAUCAAGAACGAACAGAAUAUUUUUUUUCAUCUAUUGCAUUGUAAAUGUAUUUUAGUUAACACAAAUCCAGUAGGUGAUGGAUGAGGAUUUGAAUACGAACGAUUAAAUAAUCGUAUUGAUAUCUAUGUUAAUUAAUACGCAUUCCUAAGUUUGUAAACCGUAUUUGUAGUAUCGUGCUUACACGAAGGAGAUAUGGCUUUAAAUAUAUAAAAUUCAUACGUAUGUGUUCAUACGCUUAUGCGCACAUAUAGCAGCACACACACGAUUCAUAUAUUUCAUUGUUAAGGGAAAAAUGUGAAACUCAUAUCUUGGUAUCCUGUGUUUUGCAAUGUAACGGUACGCACAGUAAAUAUACUCGACAUUUAUAUAGCCUUUUGUACUUUAACGUUUUUUAAUAUUAUUUUUAUUUUGAUAUAGUGUUUAUUAAGUACACACGAGUGGUGAAUGAAUUACUAGAUGAUAGAAAAUUCCAAUACAAUUCUCUGUUAAGUUUGUCCACCUCAAUUUUCAUUAUACUUGAACAUUUCUGCGUUGUGAUUAGAUAAGAAUUAUGCUUUAUUGAUAACUUAUAUAUCUGCAUACAUGCUGCAUGCGAUUAAAUUGUCCUCUUUUUUUAUUUACUCUUAAAUGUUUGUUAAUAACAAUCAUAAUACAGAUAAAGCAUUGUGAAUAUUUUACGGGGAAAAUUUGAAAAUAAUUUUGUAUACUAGUCAACGUUUCUUUAUGUUUAAUUGAAAUUUUCCGUCUUCCUACAAAAUCUGUAAUCACUGGAAUGAUUAUUAAGCACAAACAUUUACGAGUAAAUUAUGAAAAUUAAAGUACUUUUAAACACGAGUGAUUAAAUACGUGGAUUAUACGUAAUAAUAUAAUUUAAUAAUUAAAUCUCACUAAUUACAUAUCUCUUGGCGCGUAUCUCUAAGCAGAUUUAAGCGCAUUCUUCCGUAUUAUUUGAUAGCAGAGAACAAAUUUGCGUAUCUUGUAAUAUGUGUAUAGCAAACAGAAAUUCCAUGAUUGGAUUAUAUGUAUAUAUUCAUGCAAAUCUCUUAUCAUUGGAUAAACAUCGGAUAGAUGAUAGCUUGAAUCACAAGCCUAAUGGGAGAAGCGAGAUUUUUAUAUCGAGAUAACUAAUAUUGUUGAAUUUCUUUAUCGCAUUCCGAGAUUAUAGGUCUUCAUCAUCAUAAUUAAUAAGAAAUUGGAAUUAAUAAGAAAUGUAAAUGCGUAUGUUUCCUAUGAGGACAUGAGCUUUCCAAGAAAGCGUACAGUUUAUAAUAAGCACACGUAUCUUUAUGCUUGUAUAAUUUGUUCACUGUAUUGUACGCUUUGCUACAUUUGUAAAUCAUAUAAGAUAAAAGUAAAUAGAAAACACCUUCGGAAUUUUUUAGACUGCGCUUAAUCGACGAACCUUGACUUAAAAAACAUUGAGAUCAAAGAAACCGACAGCAAUUUCUUUAUAACUUGGAAUUAUUAUGAGUAUACUCGUAUGUAUUUUUUCCACCGAGCUUUUGCUAUGGGUGUCUUUUUUUUAUUUAUGUGUGCUCGUGAUGACUGUGUACUAUUUGAAAGAUGAAAUAUA